CAUGUACAAGAUCAUAGGUGUUAUUUUCUUGCUCGUCAUUUUGGUGGAUAACUUCAGUGACAGCACAGGUGAGUUACAUAUCACUGUUUUUUGUCUAUGUAGAUGAGUCAUAAGUGCUUUGGUAUUCAGCUGGACAUUGCGUGGAUCGAAUAACAGCUUAUGAGUGAUGUAUUUCUGUUCCACAUUAAUGAGUUCCUGCUUUUUUUCCACUGUGCACACUCAGCUUCACAGGCAGGAUUUUAUGUGUCCAAAGAGCACAUCCGCAAGUGUGGGUGCAGAGGUGAGUUUCCACUGGCCUUUCCUUCAUUUGGGUUAAAAAGUGAUCAAAUUAUUGUGUUGUGGAAAAAGUGCCUGAUCAUCAGAGCUGUCAUGAAACUGUGUCUAAGUCCUCAAAAUUCCUAAGUGAGAAUUUGGCAUGUAUCUCACUUGGCUCUGUUCUUGUUGCAGCUUUCCCAAAUGGGAAAAUAUCGUGUCGCUCCACUCUGUUUCGUGGAAAACAUGUAGAGAUGCAGGAUCUGGUAAAAUGUUUCUGCAGCAAAACAAACCGGCACAGUGAGUGAAUUGGGACAGUGUGUGGGUGGAUGAUGUCUUCUGAUUUCUGUGUAAAAACAUUUAAUUUGUUGCUGUUUUUUUCUUUGUUUUGUAGAAUUUCCAGAGUUUCGAGCCGCCUGCACAUCAUGGCAUCCUUUUCUGAGCACCCCACUUUAAAUUAAACCUUUGUGUAGCCUAUAGUGCAUCUAGGGUGCAGCACAUAUAAUCAUCAUCAUACAGUAUAUCACCUGUUAAACAGCAUUUUUGACACAUUUCAAGUACCUACAUAUGUACACCUUUCCCAAGUAAUUAAUAAAAAUGUGUUUCUACAGAGUACUUAUUUAUUUGUUUAUUUAUUAUAAUAGAUGUAUGUUAUGAGUAGAACUUGAUAUAACACUUAACCUAAAAAAUCUAUGGUGUAAAAAGAGGCCAAACUUGCGUUUUUUUUAGAUUUCUGGUUUUAACAACAGAUAAAUUGCCACCAGCU